AUUCAUGAAAAGAAAAUUCAAUGACCAAAAGUUACGAACCCCCCCCCAAAAAAAGCAAUCGACAAAAAACAAAAACUCGAGAGACUGUACACAAAUUUAACAUACAUACAACUGAACUGGAAGCGCUCAGAUCAGGACGUGUAGUCGAUCGUCGAGCAGCAAGGACUGACUAUUUAAGCUUCUAGAAGUUUCUACCAUCUUCUAUUGGCACACAAGCCGUAGUUACAGCUAUGGUUACAGGCAGUAAUACAGUAGAUGUUACUUCUACCGGUUAUAGCUAGUUGUCAAGACUUCGCCUUCUCCCCGGCAGCGCCAUAGAAGGACUACGGCUAGCAGCUAAAUCAGGCACUCGAACCGAGGGCGGCUAACGUUUUUUUGCUAGGCUAGCCACCAUGUUUGGCUGUCUGGUGGCCGGCAGGUUGGUGCAGACGGACGCGGUUCAGGUGGCUUCGGACAAAUUCGUGUUCAAUCUACCGGAAUACGAGAGCGUGAACCAUGUGGUGGUGUUCAUGCUCGGCACAGUGCCUUUCCCCGCGGGCAUGGGCGGAGCGGUGUACUUCUCCUUCCCGGACCCUGCGAGCGGCGGACCGGUGUGGCAGCUUCUCGGCUUCAUCGCCAACGACAAGCCCAGUGCCAUAUUCAAGAUCUCCGGGCUGAAGGUAGGCCAAGGCGGUGCGCACCCCUUCGGGACGAUGGCCUCGUCUCCCUCCGUGGCCCAGGUCGGAGUGUCCGUGGAGCCCCUGGAGCAGCUGGCCCAGCAGACCCCGGUGUCCGGCGCUGCUGCGUCCACGACGGACACUUUGCGGCUAUUUACACAAAAGAUGUUGGACAGUUUGUACAACUUUGCAUCUUCCUUCGCCGUCACGCAGGCGCAGAUGACACCCAACCCCAGCGAGACCUUCAUCCCGUCCAGCUGCAUCCUCAAGUGGUACGACAACUUCCACAGACGAAUGAACCAGAACCCCAACUUUUGGAAAAAUUGACUUUACUUCUUGAAAGCACCCAGCAUUCAGCAGGAAUCACAACUCGAUUGCCUUAAUUAUAUCUUAUGUAAAAAUAUUUUCUAUAUAAUACCAUUCAUUCUCCACCAACAAACACAACUGACUGCCUUUAUUAUAUAUUAUAUAAUAUCAUCAUGAGCAAAGUAGCAGCCCUGCGUUGUGCCAAAAUAACACUGAAUAAUAUAACCAACAUAAAAAAAUACAUAGUAUUGCACAUGUUCUCCAUAAAGUGCAGCAUUGCUUGCAACCUGAACGAUGCAUGAUAAAUAAAAAUAUCAUGAUAGUAAGUCUCCGAGCCUUUAAAGUGCAAACGGCGUUGAGGAAAAAGUGUGGAAGCGUUUGGGUCGACCACGCGUCCUUCUAGAAGGUCAGCCUCCUAAUGAUGGACGUCAUGUUGAGGUAGUGUUAUGGUGCCGCGCUAGUCACUAGCCGCGUGUGUGGGUGUGCAUCGGGUGUGCUGCAGUUUUUCGCCUCAGGACGCCAGCCUCCCGUGCACCAUGAGGCUGUACAGGCAGGUGUAUGUGGGAUCGCCCCAAUUGCUAUGGAUGCUGAGUGUCAAGUACUUGCUGAUGUUGUGGAACUCCUCCUGGUGACACACACACACACACACACACCCGUACGCAUCUAUUACACCGGGAGAGGACUCUGAGGUGAAAGGUCACGUGGGGUAUACUCACAGGUAUGUUGAAGUUCUGGAGCAUGGGUCCGUCUUGGUCGUAUUGAAAGGUUCCGAGUUUGAUUCCUGUCGCGUCCGGCGUCUCCAUACCCUGAGUGGAUAAUACUGACGGUUAAAGCGAGUUUUUGCUUCUGUGUAGUACUGCAGAGAACUUUCAAAGUUCUGCAUCCGGAUUGAGCGUGCACGGUGCAAUUCUCAAUGUGGACGCUAGGGGCAGUGAUUUUCACAUUGAUAUAUGUCGAUGCUUUAAAACGCCGAUCAGUAUGUCUGCCGUGUGUGGGACUAAGUUUUGCACAAAAUACUCAAAAAAUACUUGGGAUGAAUACCGCCUCAGUACAGAUUUAGCAGCAUGCAGACACCAUGUAGCACUUUAACAGCAGGAGAAACGUUUGUAUUUGCGAGGCUGCGUCAGACUACAGAUGAUGUGCAACCAGUGUGACACGGGACAAGUCAGCCUUUGAAACGGGUGUUAUCUUCUGCGGGCAUCUGCGCUUCAGAAGGCAGCGGAUACGGCUGGAGGGACCCAGCAGAGGUGAAUAAACCUGCUUUUCAUUCAGGUUUUCAAUUAAUAAUGUGAAAAGAUGAGAAAUAAAUGCAUUGUGAAAUACAAAAUGUGAGCAUUUUCUUCAUG